UGCGCCAUGGCGGGGCGCGGACGGCGCCCGGGCCUGGGCCUGGGCCUGGGCCUGAGCCGCUCCGCCCAGCGUCUGCAGCGGCGAGGCGCGGCGGCGGAUUGCCUUUCAGGAGCAUUACAUACCGAAUAUAACAGCAGAAGCUCCCCAAUAUACAAAGGUGACAUGGACAGCUCACUGGAAAAUACAGCUACUUCUUUAUCCAAAUGUUCUUUAGAGUCAGAAUUUACUGAAAGUGGAAGAGAGAACAGCAUCAGAUCUUCUAGUGAUUUCGUACAAAGUGUUAAAGACUGGGAUUGUGCUGAUGGUGAGCAAGAUUCUUUUUGUGAUUCAAGUGGUCUAGAAAUAGAAGAAAAUACCAUUAGUUGCUCUGAAACUGAUGCAGUUCCAAAUACAGCUAUAGAUGUGGAAACAGGCAGCACCUUACCAUCCUGUUUGGCUGCAAAUACACGAGAAAAUAGUGACCAAAAUAUCAAUGGUUUGAUAAGGAAAAUUGUGAGUGGAACUGAUGCUCAAGCAUGCUAUAGUCAAGGCUUAAUACCACCUCACAUCAGGCAAAUUUACGAUGAAUUAUUUGUCAUACAUCAGAAGCUCCAGAGAGAAAGUUCAGCACAGCAGGAGUAUGCUCUGGAACUCCAGAAACGAGAGCAUUUUCUCACUGAGCGAGAAGCAUUGAUUUUUAGACAUGAAGCUGCUUUGGCUAAAAUAAGAGGUGUUGAGGAAGAAGUUCACACGAAAUUUGGAAUUAUAAAAGAGCAACAUGAGGCAGAAGUUAAACAGCUGACAGAAGCCUUGAGAGAAAUAACUAAAGAAAAUAGGAGGCUGAAGUCAUCAUUCGACACCCUGAAGGAAAUGAAUGACUCUUUAAGAAAACAGUUAAGUGAUGUAACUGAGCUGAACAAGAAGUUGGAAGGUCAAGCAAGAAAAGUACAAGCUCGUUUAGAGAAUCUACAAAGGAAGCAUGAAUUUUUAAUGGUACAGAAGUCUAAGGAUAUAUAUCAAGUGGUGCAACAAAAUAAACCCGUCAAGCAGGAAAAAAUGAUGGUAACAUCGAAAAUUGCUAAGCUACCAUUGAAUUCUCAAGUUUAUGAGCUCUUAACUUUUCUUAUGGAUUGGAUCUCAGACCAGCACCUCAGCAAAAUAAAAAUACAAGAAGAAAGAGAGGACAGUCAUAAACUUACCCAGACCUCCAAAAAAACCCACACGCAGGAAAAGUGUACAAAGCUUUUGCCUAUAGCUGCUGAACAACUCCAGUGGAUGCCAUUUGUGAAUCCUAAACUACACAUGCCUGUAAUUAAGUUUAUUUACUGGACUAUAAGACAGCUAGACAGUGGUAUUCAGCAUGCAACAAUGACAUCAACGAUAAGGAGACUUGGCGAAGAUAUUUUCAAAGGCAUAGUAAGUAAGGGAAACCCACACAGUUCUUCUGAACAGGCUACAGAGAGUAAAUCAAAAUCGGCAGCUUUCUUUAAGAGUUCCUGUAUGCCUUUGAGGUUUCUGUCAACUUUAAUUGUGCUUAAAACAGUGACACAAGUGGAUUACCUGGCUCAAGCGUUUGAUUCCCUUCGCGUAGACUUGAAGACAGAUGAAGGGAAGGCCUUAUUUGUGGAAUACCAAAGCGUACCUGUUGUAUUAAGUCACUUAAAAAUAUCCAGUAGAGGUCUGCUUCCCAGUGCUCUUGAUGGAUUACUUCAGAUGACCACAGAAUCUGAUUCCUUACAGCCUUUCCUGGAAGCCUGCAGUAACGAAUCCUUCUUCCGUACUUGCUCUGUAUUGCUUCGAAGUUCUAAGCUAGAUAUUCAGAUUUUGGAAAAGCUCUGUGCUAUACUGCAAAAACUCUCCAGAAUAAAAAGCAAUAAGAAGAUGUUUGAAUUGUUUGCUCUUCACCAAAUGAUCCAGGAACUACAUAGGACUACAAAUCCAGAUCAUGCUUUCCUCUGUAUAAACCUCAAUUCAAUUCUGUUGAAUUUGGGAUUGUCAAGGAGUAACUCUGUUACUUCCAGUCUAAGCACAAGUCACUAGCACUAUCUUUCAAUCUAAUUAUUGUUCUGUAUAAUUUACACCAGCUGCCUAUGUUACUUGAAUUUUGGAUAUUUUCUUUUACUGUUUUCUAUAAAUAAAUUAAGCAGAACCUCAGUACUGUAUAAGUUACUCUGUAUCAUGUGGAAUCUCAUUGAUCUUCAUUCAUAAACAGGAAAAUGAAAAAUUGUGUAAUAUGCUAAAUGGCUUUCUUCAAUACUUUUAAAAGAAGUGAAAUAAUGCUGCUGUUCUAAAUGACUCAUGCAAUCUAAGGAAUUGGAUCCCUUGAGUAAGCAGAAAUGCCAGCUUUUCCUAAUAGGUAUGGAUCUUAGUUACCUUUCAUUCUUCAGAGAGUUUUAUAAAUUCAUUUAUUUAUUUUAUGGUUGAUAAGUAACAGACAGGUAUCUUAUCAAAUUAUCUUUUGAGAUAAUUAGUUUUAAUGAUUAAAACCAGAUUUUGAUUUAACGUAACUGUGUUGAAUGAGAAAUUUUUUUUGUUGUUUUGAUUUCAG